CGUCAACUACACCAACAACAACGGAGCAACCAAGCACGACAACCACAACAGCAAUGCCGACAACAACCACUUCGACAACUACAACUCCGGCCGCUACCACCUCGACAACCACCGCCCCAACAACCAGCACUCCGACAACCGCUAUCCCGACAACUACACCGCCCACAACACCUAGACCACGCCCAGAUUGUAACAAUAUGUUCAAUCUCCUUGGCAACUACCCCUCGGCGUCCUAUGGUUGGACAUGGCUGGACAAGUUGUAUUGUUUCGUUUCAAGGUCAAGGUUACUGACCUUUGGAAGGGAUUACUUCAGAUCGCUGGGUGAUAACGCACGUCUUUACCAAAGGCGUUGGGAAAGGUCAAGGUCAUAUGGAAGACGUCGCAAUGGCUACAGACGGAGGCGCAUGUUUGAAUCAUCGGGCGAAAAAUAGAUAGAAAUACUUGACUGUAAAAAAGUUCGAUGUAUAUAGAUGUCAAAGGACUUUUGAAAUAUUGAUUCUUAACAUUUUCUGUUAAUAAAUUAAUGACACAACUAGCAGUAAUAAAUUGCAUAUCAUGGAUUGAUAUAUUUGUUGUUUCUUUGUCCAUUGCUUAACAGCAAAGUCGGAUGAGUGUAAUUAAUUGUUGAUAUUUAUACUUUGAUGAAAAGGUUUAAUACUAAGUAGAAUGGACCGAAAAUUCACCCUCUAUAACAACAUCAAUGCUAUGUAAGAUA